AUGCAGCCCAGGCGCGACGCCGCCGGCGUCACCUCGCUCUUGUGCGCCGCCGCGCUGCUCGAGCCCAAGGAGCUAGUCUUGGCCCUCCCGUCGGGCUACAUGGGUAAUCUCUCGCCCUUGUUCUUCCUGCAGCUUCCAGACCACGUCAGGUUCCAUGAACUCGAGACACUGUCCCUCUCGGGCUGCCACCUGCGCUUCGACUCUUUGCUCCCCUGCUGCCCACGCCUGCGCGUGCUAAGGCUAAAGUUCAAUGACCGUUGGGGCCACUACCGCAUCAGAACCUUCAUGUCACUCCACUCCACGUCGCUGCAAGAGCUUUGUGUGGAUGUCGAGAACGCUUUUCGGGAGGUCAACAUCUCUAUCUUGGCACCAAUGCUUGAGAAGCUCUCAUGGAAAUGUUCCUAUUCCUUUAUUAACUUUGGUCCUUGCAGAAUUGCAAAGUUGUGGCUGCAGAAGGCGGAGAGACAAGGAGAGCUCCCUUCAUUGCUCAUCCAUGCCCGCAUUGUGCGUGUCCUCUCGCUCAAUUUACCGAGCUCGACUAAACUAAAUUUUGAUAGUGAUAUAUAUUUUCCCAAAUUAACUUUUCGGAGCUCGUCCAUUGUUCAUGGUGAAGCGGGGAACUCUACGCAAGAGAUAGAGAAACAUAUGCUCGCAAAGUUCUCUCGUUUUGGAGCUACAUCUCAGGCCAAAGGGACAUGCUUUUGGAGCAUUCAUGUUUCAUCUCCUUGGGAUGAAUCGGUUUUUUAG